AUGGCUUCGAAUCUCCCGCCCAACGUCCACGUCUCGCAGCAUCCCAGCCUGCAGGCCAAGAUAAGCCAGCUCCGAUCCGAAUCCACCAGCUCGCGCGAGACAAACGCCCUCGUCCAUGAAAUCGCCCUCAUUGUCGCCUGCGAGGCCCUGUCCCAGUCGCUGACCACCGUUGCCGGACCCAAGGACAAAAGCCCUAUUGGCGCCGAGUACGAAACCACAGAAGUCUCUCCCAACACCAUGUGCAUCGUCCCCAUUCUGCGCUCCGGCCUCGCCAUGACCAUGCUCCCACGACCCGUCCCCGUGCACCACCUCGGCAUGUACCGCGAGCCCUCGACGCUCGACCCCGUCGAGUACUACAACAACUUGCCGCACCACAUCCCCGCGGACGCCGACGGCGGCAGCGCCUCCUCGCUCGCCAUCCUCGUCGACCCCAUCAUCGCCACUGGCGGCACCUGCGCCGCCGCCAUCCAGACGCUCCGCGAAUGGGGCGCCCGCCGCGUGCUCGUCCUCAGCGUCAUUGGUGCCGACGAAGGUGUCCGCCAGGCUGCGCGGGAGUGGCCCGAGGGCACUGAGCUCUGGGUCGCCGCCGUCGACGCCGACCUCACCAAAGAGGGCAUGGUCAAGCCCGGUCUGGGCGAUGUGGGUGACAGGCUAUUUUUGACGAUUGGGAAAUGA